AUGUCACCUGCUGUUGUGGCUGCUGAAAUGCACCACGAGCAUCCACUGCACACCUUAGCUACAGCUUUUGAAGCUCUCCUGCUGACAACCCAGCAUCUUCACUACAAAGAGAAAAGUCUCCAGCAAAGAUUGGAAUAUGCCAGUACUGAGUACUUGAAGCUAGCAGACCGACUUCCUAACGGACCGGAUACCCAUACCAAGAUUGUCUCGGAGAAGAUUCUCGGUCGGUAUACCGAAUAUGAUGGGUCUCAAAAAGCCCCCCUUAGCCCCCCGGCUGUAGUCCAAGCAAUUGCAAAAUCUGGAAACGUAGGAGAUCAGGUUCUCUCUGCCAUAUCGGAGGGAUUAGCUUGUUACCAGUCCAUCGUACCUUCGCAUGAAGGCGGACUAUUACCCGAGCUCAAUCCAUGUCUUGUUGCCACUAGAGCUGGGGCACCUCGUCCCUUGGAAAGGGACUUUACUACGAAGGGUACGAGGGGCAGUUUACACUGUCCCUUUGCAAAACCUACCAAUAAAACCUCCGCAAACGGAAUGUCUACUGCGAUCGAGAGUUCUCCCAAGCCUCCUAAUGAUACAUGUGGGCAUGAAGAUUUAGACCCCAUCAAGGCAGAACAGAAAGAUAGACAUUCUAGCCACCCACCCUCCGCACGGUCAUCAACGGCUCAGUGCCCUAUUUCAAGAUGUCCAAUUAGGUUUCUAGAUCAACAUAGUCCCGAAGAAGUUGCCGAAUAUGUCGAGAAGCACAAGCAUGAGAUACCUCGGAGCCAUGCCGUCUGUGUGCAGCGGUACCAAAAGGACUCGCAGAGCAUGCGGCAACUAGAUGCAAAGUAUGGUAAUCUGAUCAGUAUGAUACGGGGCUUAUCCGUCAAGCACCAAGCGUUCUUGCCGAAAAAUGGCAACAGCGAUGCACGAACCUCCAGUUCGUCGGCUGAGCGGGUGGAGAAAUGGGCGGAGGACGUUGGCUUCAAGUCGGAUAUGGAGCCGUCCAUCAAGGAGGAAGAAGAGAGUGAGGAGGAAAGGAAGGGACACUUUGAUCGCCCGUUGCGAGAAGUACGGGUCGGCGAAUCCCCCAGCAGGCCCUGGGGAAUCCCCGUCCCCUUUCCUCCCACACCAUCUCGUCCCCACUCGCCGGCGGCUCCAGUUACGGCCUCUCUUCAUCAUCAGUCGGAGAAGCCUUUGAAUAAUGCUGUCAUAGAUGCCUCCUCCACUGCACCGCUUCACGGCCCGUCUCAUGACAUGCCGGACACGGAACUGAAAGCUGGAUGUUGUCCUUUCGGCCAUGGCGCUCCGCCCGUUGACCAUGCGGCCCCAGAAACUGAGACCAUUCGUAACCCGGAUCGAAUGGGCGAGGCCCCGGAUACUAAUGGGCAGGAGAAUGGAGCUCACCCAGACCUCCAGCAACGCCCACGCAACACAAAUGCCAGCAUUUUUUUUAAUGGACCUGUGUUUUUCGGAUUUCCAGCGGAGCAGACGGCUGCUUUCCUCCAGCAGCUAGGUGGUACCCUUGGUCAAACGUAA